AGGGUCCGCGUGCGCAAAGCCGUCCGCGCGAGCGUCCGCGCUCCUCGUUCUGGCUGGAUGUGCCGCCUCAGACAGCGCGGCGCGCGCUCAGAGCAGAUUUCACCACACAGCGGAGUUUUAUUCGGUCUGAGGGCUCCGGGGAACAUGGACGCGCUUUGUCUCUGGAUAUUUGCUACUUUUUGGAGAGCUAUGCAGGCCAUCCACCCGGACUGUGCCAUUAUAUCCCAGCACAUGAGGGCCCAGGAGCUCUGCAAUCAGACCAGGUGGAGAGAGAACAGGAACCAGACUGAACCACAAGGCUGCAGGACGGAGUGGGAUGAGAUACGGUGCUGGCUCAGAGCAGAUGUCGGUCAGGUGGUCAACGUGUCCUGCUCUGAAGUCUUUCAGCACUUCUCCAGCAAGCCAGGUUACAUCUAUAGGAACUGCACACCGGCGGGCUGGAGUGACCUGUAUCCCCCUUAUGAAGAAGCCUGCGAGUUUGGAGAUGAUGCAGAGCCUGAAUCUGAGACAACCUACUUCUCAACAUUCAAGCAAGUAUACACAGCAGGAUAUGCCACAUCGCUUAUAUCUCUCAUAACGGCUAUUGCGGUCCUCACAUCCUUCAGGAAGUUCCAUUGUACCAGGAAUUAUAUACACAUCAACCUCUUUGCCUCCUUCAUUCUCCGGGCCAGUGCCGUCUUCAUCAAAGACGCUGUUCUGUUCUCUGAUGAGUCCCUGGACCACUGUUUCAUGUCCACGAUGGCGUGUAAGAGCGCUGUAGCUUUCUUCCAGUUCAGCAUCCUGGCUAAUUACUUCUGGCUGCUGGUGGAGGGCAUGUACCUGCAGACACUGCUGGCACUCACCUUCGUCUCCCAGAGGAAGUACUUCUGGUGGUACAUCCUGAUAGGAUGGGGUGUGCCAUCAGUUGUCCUUAUCGUUUGGGUUUUGACAAGAAACUUUUACGACAACAGAGGAUGUUGGGAUGACACUGAUAACAUUGGCGUCUGGUGGAUCAUCAAAGGACCGAUAACAGCGUCCUUGUUUGCCAACAUCAUCAUCUUCCUGAACGUGAUCCGGAUCCUGGUUCAGAAGCUGAAGUCUCCGGGUGUUGGAGGCAAUGACACAGGACACUUCAUGAGGCUGGCCAAGUCCACUCUGUUUUUGAUCCCUCUGUUUGGGAUGCACUACACAGUGUUUGCUUUCCUGCCAGAGAACACAGGAGAGACAGCACGACUCUACAUUGAGCUUGGUCUAGGCUCCUUUCAGGGCUUUGUGGUGGCUCUACUGUACUGUUUUCUCAAUGGAGAGGUGCAGGCAGAGCUAAAGAGAAGGCUGAGAAAGUGGCAGACCCAGACUCAUCUGAGUCCCGGCAAAAAGCGACGCAUCACUGUCACCCAGAUCACCGUGCUGGAAAGAGCCGACCCACAGGCAGCUGUGUGUUCUGGUAACAUGUCAUCAGUGUGAACAUGCAGGCUUGACCCCACCGUUGCGUGUCAUUAGCGAGUGGGAACUUGCUGUCUUGUUCUGAGGAGCGAAGAGUUUCGGCACAGCUGGAUUUGUCUGCCUGGAAGCAAAGGGAUGGAGCUUGGAUCAAGAAGCAUUAAGCUGGAGUGUGAAACACUGAGUUGGUCUCAGGAGGAUUCUCAGGAUUUUCGCUUUUAGGACAGAGUAUCAACACACAGCUUUGUGUUGCGGAAGAUGUCUGGCUAGAUGUCUAGCCCUGCUUAAUGUAAGGGAAAAAGACGUCUCUACAAACUUGGCAUAGGAUCCCGAGUCUUUAUUCUAACAGUAACCCUAGAGUUAGCUUGAACCACCUCCAAAGAAUCUAUAGUAUGUACUCAUAAAGGUUUGCUGCUAAUACUGAAAAAUAAUGUAAAUUAAGUCUUAGUCCUUUGUGAGGGUUCCUAAUGGAUUUUCGACCUAUGCUCUUGGUUUGGCAGAGCUCCUGGGGGGGUCCCCAGGCAAUGAGGUGACGUAUGUAUUCAUGCAUACUAUUUUCACAAUAUAUUUUGUGAUGUUUACCUCAGUAUUUACAGGAUUCUCUUAAUUUCAUAUCCAUUAGUUUUAAUGAAGGCAUGCACACCAGUGCUGAUGUUUGGUGUCUACUCGUGACGCCACUCCCAGCGGUAGUUGAUAGCAGGCAGGUUUGGAGGGUCAUGUAAGAUGUAAAACCAAAUUACAAUUCAGUUUGCCAGACAAAUGUAUGACAUUCUGGUUAUGUGCAGCAAAAAUACCUGUAAGCUAUUGUAAAGUGUAACCAUCACAUGUUCUCACACUGCAAACUCUGCUAACAAAAGAAAAGCAUAUUUAUUUUCUCUGUAUCUUCACUGCUGUUGCUGACCUGAAGGCAUCUAGGUGUCGUUUUGUGGUGGUUUGAGAUGUUUUAAAAGCUUUAAACAUCUACAGAAGCUUUAAACUUCUUCAGUUCUACACCCGAGUGACACUCAGUGCACAAGACUGCAUGGUUAUUCAGACUGAUUGAGUUUGCAGUUUAUGCAGGGGGAGGAGUCAAUUGUUGAAGACAAUGAUUUUUUUUUAAAAUAAGUCAAAUUUAAAAAUGUAAAAAAUAGGAAAUUUAUUCAAACAAUUAACACAGGACCCUGCAAGCCCCCCUCAAUUGAAACACGCUUUAGAGAAAGGUAAAAAUCCUGUAUAACCUGAUUAGAGGUAGAUUGCACCUACAUUUUUGUGAAAGUACAUGAAGUAUUCACAUCAGACAACUACAGUGUUUGAGUUCCCAGUCAAAUGUUUGACGUUGUAGCUAAUUGAGACAUGUUGGAAAACACAACCACAAAAAAUGCAAAAAAAUUACACUGGAUCUGCCUAAACAGUGUAGUCUUUCACAUGCAAUCAAAUUAAUCCAUGUUUCCUGACCAAAGCAUGUCAUAGGUAUGGGUGUUUCUUUCUUACUAUGCUAGUUAAGCCACAGUUAAGCUGCAGUUAACUCAUGUCAAAUGAAUCUGAAAAAAAUAUUCCUUUUUAAAGCCAAAUUUCAGCUGUAUUAGUUUUACCAGAGGAGGUGCAGUAAAGUGAUUUGUGAGUUGUUUGACUGGCCGCUUCAUAUGACAUAAAGUAUCUGUGUUACUUCCUCAAAUAAUUUUAUAUUACCUGCAUUUAAACGUCAUAGCUAGAACUUUUACUUCAACAUUAAGACAAGCAUUAGCCUAACCCUAAAAAGUCUGAUAGCAGGUGUGGUAUUUAACCUGUUAGUAAACAGUAAAUGUAUGUUUUCUCAAUGACGGUAAAAAUCUGUAAAAUUACAGUAAUUUAAUGUCCCAGAAAUACAGCCUUUUACUAUAGUCCAACAGUUUCACUAGUUCAACUAGUUAUUCUGACAUACCGUAUUUUACCAUAACAAUAACAGAAUCAACCACUGAAAUAAAUGCAAAUGUCUGAAUUUACCUUCUAUUUCUGUGAAAUGACAACAGCAGUGUUACAGUAUGUAUGGUUAUCACUUACCAGAAGACUAUGGACAUGGCAGACUUGUACUGGAUUAAAAUCACAGAUCUCAUUGGUAAUAACCACAGCACCUCCCUGGGUAAACCUAAUCCAGCUCGAGAACCGCUACUUCUUCCAGUCCAGAGGACAUCAACCAGAAGAUAACAAAAACUAAUAACAAGAAGACACAUCAGGCAUGAGAACUGCUUCAAAUGUUCUGUACCAAAGGAUCCUGCAGUGUUUAAACAAAGCCAACCCACUUCAUUAAUGCACAUCAAAUGCUCCCAGACUUGCCUGCUUAAAGCUUAAUGCUAAUUGCUAUUCUCCCCAAUAUCCAAGUAGAUUGUCUGCUGCAACCAACUGCUGCGAGUAAAUGAAAUUUAGAGCUCCAUGACUUUGCUCUAUUUAGGGGGAGCCUAUGCAUCAGCCUGGUCCCAGAGAUGAGAGCAUGUAGCCUGAGCCUGUAAACCCCAUUCUGAGUCCCAUGCUGCACCACUGGAGGCAAGCUAGAGAGAGCUUCAGAUCCAGCGUCUGGUUAACGUCACACAAUGAUUAAUGUUGCAAAUGCUCUUUUGAAGUCGGUAGCGUAGUUAAUAUUCAAAAAGUUCUGAGGCACCUCGUUCCUGUGAAAAAAACGUUUUCUCGUUAAUUGCGUCUGGUUGGGUUUGAACCCCUACUUUCUGAAAUAAUUUGCAGCCAGUUGUUUUUGGCAGCCCUGAAGGUUUCAGUUAUGGACAUGACGCUACAGCACGCUGUGUAGAUGGUACCAAUGCAGAGCAUAAAGACAGAAGAAAUUUAAGUGUAAAUACUCAAAUAUAAAUGUACAUGUUGUAUAUAUGUAUAGAUGUAUACUAUCAGGUAAGCAGAAUUACUAGGAUUGUAGCUUAGACCGGUCAGCUUUGAAUUUUUUGCUUAUGUGCCACGUCCAAGCUACGACUUAUGUGAACUACAGGAAACUACUGAAAGCUCAAAAAUAACUGGAGCACACAGACUGUAAAAUAUACAUGUGCAAGAUAAUGAACUUUCAGUUUACAUUUUGAAUGUUGUGAUAUCUACCCUUCCCUUUCCCCCUACAUUUUUCAUCAUUGCUUUAAGACAUUUAUAAAUAUAUGUCAUACUGCAAAAAAUGAGAUCUUGGUACAUGAGCGAGUGUGUGUGUGUGUGUGUGUGUGUGUGUGUGCAUAUAUAUAUAUAUAUAUACACAAUUCCAAUUAUGGCACUGUUUCCUAGAAAUAGGUACAAUAAUUCUAUUAAUCUCAUCAUUCCUGCUAUAAACUCAUUAUGAGAAUUGUUAGAUACGUUGCCUACAUUACUUGUCAAGAUAUCACUUCUUGCAGUGCAGUCUUCAGUAUCUGUAGGAUAUUGCAGUGUUUCAUUAGGAUUAGCAGGCUGUAGGUUAGAGAACUAACAUCUCAGUGCUGAGAAAAAGCAUCCCUACCUAAUGACAACCAACCAUGCAAAACAUCACGGAAAAUAAUGAUCUUAUGAUGAGUUGCAGUCAUAUGGUACUAACAUCAGUUGUACUAAUUGGUAAAGAAGGUAGUGCUUUUACUAUACAUAAAUAAUAAUAAUAAUAAUAAUAAUAAUAAAAUAAAUGAAGGUUUCAAUAAUAAUAAUAAUGAAAUAAAUGAAGGCUUUAACCCUUUACUGCAUGGCAUUGCCUUAUGGCAACAUUUGCUUUUUUAACAUUUUUUGCCUGACUACGAUAUAAAAGUCUUUUUUUUACUUUUUAUUUGGAAAACUGAAGGGUUUCUGUGUAGCAUGGUGUGCUUUUAUCUGACAACAUGCCUUCCUGGUGCAGUCUGGACUAGAGGUCUGACAGUAUCCCUGACAGAAUAUGUUUCAGGCUGGGUUUGGGCCGAAUUUUCAUGUGCAGCAUUGAGUUAGUUUUGACACUUUGGCUUUCUAAUUAGUGAUUUUUUAUAUAGUAGAUUUGGCUAAUUUACUCUGUUGCAAUCCCUCUCUCACACAUUUGGUCUCUUGUGCUCUUUCUUGUAGCGUUAGCUGCAUUUGGAAUAGCUCUGAAGUUUGAGGAGUAGGUGAACGUUCCUCUGGAUAACAUAGAUGAUGAGAGGGAUGUGGUGGGUUGGUGAAAAGAACACAGCAGAUAUUUCCCUCGCUUGUUAAGUUUUCCUGAAGUGAUUGAUGCAUUCCUACAGUAGCGAGAGGAGCUUUUUUUUGUUUUGUUUUUUUGGCAACAAAAAGGCUAACAGUUGACCAGAUGAUAGUAGAUCCCCCCCCCCAAUUCCACACAAAAAUAAACAGAAAAUAAGGACUUGGUGGAUAACAGAUGUAGAAAUGAGCAGUUUCAGUACCAGUACCAGUCCCAGCAUCAUAUCUUCUGUUACUCACCUCAAGUUUUCACCCACACAGCACACAUCUGGAGAGGCCAGGCCUCUGAAACACACUCAAAGUUCAAAUUCAAUUCAUACAACAAUCUCAAGAAAACAAGUCAAACACAAACUGGGGGAGCUUGACAUUUCUUUUUCAUAAAUGAAACCAGUUUAGAUUGUAUUGAUCUUGUACAAAAUGACAAAAAAGUACAACUGUUGCAGUAUGGCAACAGCACAAGAAACGGCAACUGCAAUCUCCAGAACACACAGAUCUAUAUUCUUAAAACAUGAUGUAAUAAGAAAUGGCAGGUACUGGUUUAGUGGAAAGGUAGUGUACUGGUUGACUCCCAGUAUAUCGUUGCUGUUGGAAGAAAACCUUGUAUAUCCAUUUUUUGGCAUUUUUCAUUUUUUGACAUAAUUUGAAAGUAUAUGUUACUCUUUACAUUGUUUGUGAUGAGUGGCGUAAAAGAAUUGACCCA